CGCGGGGCGCGCGCGAGCCCCGUCCCGGGAUGGCGGAGGCCUUGGAUCAUUUAAAAAAAGACUACAGAGCAAGAUUCUGCCAUGGAGGAGGAACUAAGAUUGAUAUACAACCGGGUCAAAAUGUACUGAAACUCAUUCAGGAUUGUUUUGAAAGUUGCAGCAGUGAUCUUACAAUAAACUCUCCAAAUGCAACCCUUUGCCCAGCUCCUAUUGUCAAAAGUGGGAAGAGGACUUCAACGCAGAGCCAGAAGCCAAAGGCAGGAUCAAACAAGUCUGUGAAAAAAGCCUGUAAUUCUCCAGAAUCCUCAUCUACAUCACUGCUAAAACCAGUCAGCAGCAGAGCAGGACAGUCUUGUGAAUCACCCUUGAAGCCUGCAAUACAUGAUGGUGUAGCUGUUUCUGAAAAAACAGAGUCUCCUGUGUCUAAAAGCAAAAAAAAUACAUUAGAAGAUGUUGAAGUGCUGUGCCGAAGUCCUACCUUGUUUUUGGACCCUGAGGAUGAUCACAGGUCUGUUGGAUCACCUUUUCCUGUGGAGAAAGGGAGAAGUUCUCCUGUACUUAAAUUGUGUUUUGAUGGCUGGAAUACACCUGCUGCAGCAAAGAGCUGUGGAGAAGUUGAAAAUUUGGAAGUACCUCAGACUGGGAGAGAUGAGCAGGUUGUUCUUGUGCAAGGAACAGAACCUGUUGCUACAUCUUGUAUGCAGAAAGAGAAGACUGUCUCUUCAGCUCUCUUAGCAACUGUAGCAACUGGAACACUUCGACAGAGGUAUUCAGCCUCGCUAUCACCCCCAUCACCUCCUCCUAUGAAAGAUCAAGAUAUAGAAAUCGAAAAUGAAUGUGAAUUUUUAAUUGAUGAAUCAGGUGGUGCAUCUUUUACUUCUUGGAUUUCAAUACCCAGUAAGAACAAAAAAUUGAAAAAAGAUGGCUCUGCAACUCCUGCUUCUAAAUCUCAGCCCUCUGAAAAGAAGAAGACACAGAGUAAGAAAGGCAAGAACAGGGAAGCGCAGGUUGAAGCACUUACUAAACAGAAACCGAAUAAUCUGGAUGUUGGAGCAUUUGACUUCAAAAGAACGUCAAAGUCAGAUCCAGUCUCUAACAGUGAAGGAGAGGUCCUUAAAUCUCAAAGCCAAAAGGGUACUCAUACAGGAAAGACUAAAAAGGAUGCACUUAGACAAGACUCUCCAAACCAGAAAAAGAACGCAUCCUGGAAAACACUAGCUGAAAAACUGAUGUUGUCAUGGUCUGGAUUGGAAACAGAAGCAUCUGAUGCAGAAAAAUGUAAAACAAGGGUGCUGCCAAGUGAAGAUUUGCCUAUGCCCUCAUCUGGGCAUCAGCAAGAACAGACUGUGUCUCCAAAAAAGUCUCUCAAGUCUUCCAAGAAUACGCAGUCAGCUUCAAAAGCUUCUCAGCAUUUAGAUAAGAGGAAACAAACUGCUAAGCAGAAACUUCCAAAAGUUAAAGUAGCUAAGAAAGUGGCAGUAAGUCCAAAGAAGGAGCUUAAAAAAUCUGUCCAAAAAAGUAGUAAUAAAAAACCUCAGUUACAAAGAGAGAAGAGUUCUGACAGUGAACCUAGUGAAGAAGAGCAUGAAAGAGAGCCUGUAGAUCUGAAAGACGUAUGCACCACACCCCUGCGUCAGAAAUUAGGGACUCCCAUGACUCAGAAAUUGGCUGUGUCUGAAAAGCCUAGAAAUGUGUUGCACACACUGGAGUCACCUGGCGGUGCAAAUAAACGAACUCCUGUGAAAGCACUGCAGCGUCCCAUGGACAGUGUGAAGAAGUCUGAAAAGAAACAGUUGCCAGCCAAGAAUUCAGGGAAGAUACCCGAAAAGAUUACUUGCAGAACCAAUGAAGCUGUUUACUCAAACCCUGAGGACACGGAGUCUCAAACAGAUUCUGACAGCUCUUCUGUACAGAACGUGGCGAGGAAAAAACAGAAAUUGUCAGAUGUGAAAAUAAAAAAUAACAAAAGAAAACGUAACAGGCAACAUGGACCGCAAGAUUCCUUUGUGGCUGAGAAGGCUGUGAACUAUGAAAGUGGGCCUGUCCUAGAACAUUGUGAUAAAUUUGCUUUCAGCAGUAAGUCUUGUGAACAUUAUGAUUCAUCUUCAGAGAAUUUUGAUGACUUGAAUUACAAAGUAACAGAUCCGUUGUCAGACAACAUAGCAAGGCAUAAAAUAGUGAUGCCUUCCAACACACCUAACGUUCGUCGAACAAAAAGGAUACGGCUAAAACCUCUGGACUAUUGGAGAGGCGAGCGCAUAAACUAUUCUAUGAACUCUUCAGGAGGGCUUGUGAUUAGUGGAUUAGUGCAUCCAGAUACACAACCUUGCAGUAAGAAUAAACAGAAGAAAGAUCGUCACAAGCAGAAAACGAAUAAAACAAAGAGAAGAGAGAUACCUGCAAGUUUGGAUCACAACCUAGCUGAUACUUCUAAGCCAACCAUUGUGCUGGACCCAGUAACAAAUGAGGAGGUAGUUCUAGAAUGUGUUAACACUGAAAGCAGUCACGCUUGCUCCUUCAAAGAUGAAGCGGUAGAAAUAUACAAAAAUUUGAAUACAUCUGUUUUUGCAACUGGUAAAUUGAUUUUGAAACCACUUAAAGAAAAGGGACACCAGUUUGUCCACAUGGAUACAAUAGCUUUCCAUAUUAUCCGUGGCAAAAUUAUUGUUACGUUACAUAAGACAUCAUAUUAUCUGACUGCAGGGGACUCCUUCUAUGUUCCACCAGGAAAUGGAUAUAACAUACGUAAUCUUCUGAACGAAGAAAGUAUUCUUCUCUUCACGCAACUCAAAGUCAGGUGAAGAACCUUCUGCAGAGAAGUUUGCUGAAACACUUUUCAAGCUUUUGUAUGUUCUGGAGUUCUUUUUACAUACAAAAAAUGUUUUAGUGUGCCCACCUUAACAUUACAAAUUAAAACAGAGCAGGUGAAAUCAAACAUAAGAAGAGUUGAGAACAAAACCAAAAGAACCUCAGUAGUUUGCUGUCAAACUAAAAUGAGAUACUGAAGGGCCUCACUCUGCAUCAACUACUGUUCUUGUGCCAUCCAGUGACAGAAAGAUACAAGUAUGAAAUGUGUGGGUAUAUUUAUUGUUCCAAAUUGUAUCAAUAUGCUUAAUCUCCCUAAAGAUACUUAGCACUUGAAAAAAUGUUGACAUCUUCAGCUAUCUGAUAGAUAGUCUUAACAACUGCCUGGUACAAACUGCUUAGAGUAAUCUCUGUUUAAAUGAUGAACCUGCUGUUUGCAUUCCAGUAAUUGUUGUCUGGGAGAUGGGCUGCUGAAAUGUUUGUGCGCUGGGGUCCAGCCGCCUUCUAAAUAUGUUAAUGACAGGCAUUUGUUCCUUGUCUGGCAGCUGUAUGAUUAGUGCCUCCAGUUCCAAUAGUAAAGCAGAAGCUUUUAAGUAGGAGCUUAUCAGUUGUGUCUUUUGUGUGGAAGCUGUGGCCUGAUUAGCUCUGAACAUUGUUGAUAGCUUUAUUUUGCAUAACAGCGAUAGGUCAUUGCCAAAUAUAUUACUUUAAUAUCUCCUUUUGAUUUCCUUGCUGUGUUCCUGGAUAGUAAUGAGGACCUUUGGGAAAGCUGUAAUUAUACUACAUACUCCAGAAGCCAAGUCUAGACAGCAGAUGGUAUCCAUAGCAUUUGUCUCCCAAGCUCUUCAAUGUUCCUUCUGGCUGAAGAUAAACUACAGCUAUUCUGAUAGGGUGCUUUCUCUCUCUGGUCACUGCUAUCCUCAAAGAGGAGGAGAUAAGGGAAAUUGAAUUGGAAUCGAGAACUUUUAAGGAUUUGAGGGUUGAGUGUUGACCUCGUAAAUGAUUUUGGCCAUGAUCUUUAUGCUAAAUCUAGAGUAUACAUUAAAGUAGGAAAAAUGAAUUGGCGUUCAGAUGCCAGCUAACUUUGUGUAUCUGUGAAAGGGCUUGGACACCAAGAUUGCCACGCUUCUGUGAAAGGUCCUUUAGGCUGGGGAGUGGGUUGAGAUACUACUUUUUGUCAUGCUCUUUCAAGUAGUAGUUCCUAUACCUGGUGCAUACUGACGCACUGGAAAUACUUGGUAGAGGUUAUGUGACAUCUUUUCGUUCAUGACUGGGUAACAUGUAACUGGGAAGAUGAAACAGGAACAUGCCUUUUGCCAUUUAGUUCUGCCUCUGUCUUGAUACGAACUAUUUGUAUCAGAGUUCAGACUACACAGAAGGAACUUUUUUUCCCAGCCUCAACUUCCGUGAGCAGUUUGAGUUAAAAUUUUAAAGAGAAAAAGUCAUUUAGUUACUAGAUACGAGUUUGAUGUUGACUCAGAUGAGAAGUGAUAUGUUACCCUUCUCAUACCAGGCACUGAUGUGUCUUCCCCCACUGCACUGUACUGGCACACUGCAGCAAGGUUUUGAGUUGGUUUUCUUUUGGGUCAAGAGUAAGUGGUGAGAAAUAUGUCCUUCAGGAUGCUUCCUUAGGCAGAAGUAACGUGGAGGCCUUUUCCUGACACAGGCUGGAAAGUGCAGGUGUUCAAAUGCAGGUUUGAGGUCAGCAUGCCUGUUUGCAUUUUCCUAAUUCUGUGUCUGGGAGUGUCAACAGAAUAGGGUGAAUUUGGUAAAGUAUGUUGCUUUUUAGUCUGGAUGGGUUUGUUGCUUUCUGAUUAGUCGGUUUCUUGGGAGAGAUGUCCUGUGUGAUUCGAAGAGAACAUUUUGUAGUUGGACUACAUCUCAAAAUGUUUGUGUUUUACUUCUUUUUUUGAGAAGCAAUACCAGUUGUGCCAAGGGAUGUUCUCUGGAAUAUUGCUGUAGCUUAGCAACACUUCUACUGUUUGCCAGUAGAUGGGGCUUCAAGCACAGCUGUUUGUUCUUUGCUGGCCUCUGUGUUCCAUCAGGGUCUGGUUUUUGAAAGGGAGCAAGAAGUGUGUUUCAGGUGGAGAUAAAUUCAGUUGAAUUCUGUUGCAAGGAAGUGUAAAUCAGUUGCCAUUAACAGUAGGACUUGGUCCUGAAUGCUGCUAGGUUCAUUCUGUUAGCAUGGAUGUUGUACUAGUUGCAGCCACUUUCUCAAAAUUGUUUUUUUAAAUCAUCAGUGCACUGCAGGAGUUGUUGGGUUGAGCUGGAUUGUUCACUGUUGGCCAGGAUUACAUUUUAAUUUUUUUAAUUCAACUGGACACUUGUAUGAAAUUUACUUCUGUGUCAUUAGCCUGAAUGUAGUGUGGGGAGGUGCAAGAGGAUCUUCAGAGUUCCAGGACUUCCAUGGCUGCUGAGCUCUGCAGCGUGUCAAUCAGUAAUCAGUCGCUGGUCAGAAGCAGCAGCAGAUGUUUCACCUCUGCCUGGUCUUGUUUUGGCUGCAUUUUUGUGUACAUCAGGCCAAAUUGGAUUUUGCAAAUAAAAAAACCGUUUCCAAAAUGUGAGAAGUUUGCAGUCUUCUUCCUGCAUAUGUGUGAUUCUUUUUACCAGGAUAUUUUCUACUCUGCUGAGUAGUCUCGUUCCACUGGCUACUGCAGUUUAGCCAGGUUUUUGUUAAGCUAGGCUGACAGUGGUUAGCCGGUGUUACCUGUGGUGGAGUGAAGCUGGGAGCACUGUUGUGUGAGAGACAAGGCCUUUUCUGCUGACUGUGAGAUAUACAUACUGUUCCUGGAGGAUGCAUAGUGAUAUCCUGCAGGAUAUCCCUGUUUUAGUGUAUUAAUUCAUUGCUUUCUGUCAACAGUAAUUGAGAGAGCUGGAAACAAAAGCCAAGUCAAAUAUUUCAGCUUCAUGUUAGUAGGUACAUGUAUUCUGUAGUAGGUACUCUGGUAACAUCCAGAGACUUGUUUUAAGGAGCUUAGCUGAGAAGUCCCACCACAAUAAAACAUCAGAGUUUUGAAGGCUUUGGCUCCCUUUGAAAAAAAUUACAGGUUAGUAGGUUCUUCUGCAGAUCUGUCUCUUUGUAGUUUUGUUUGGUUAGAAAGCUGUUCCUGUUUUACUAAGCAAAGCUUAGUAAAAGAAGCAGAAGAAUAAUUGCAGAACUGUCAGAUGUGUAUGCACAUCCAUAUUUGUACAACUCUGUAAACAUAAAAUAGGAGAUUGUGAGCUGAGUAAUUACAGAAAAAAAUAAACAGGACCAAUAAAACAAACUGUUGAGGCACAUAUACAGCUUCUUCUGUUUUUCGAGUGCACAGCUAAAUUGGUUAUCUGCAGAUGAUUUUAAAUUAACAUUUGGGGAAUACAAUAAACCUAAAGAGCUAUUUCCGCAUUUCAUAACAGCUGAAAAGGCAUUUCAGCAUGAAGGAAUAUUUCUCACAUUUUUACUGAUGUAUAGACUCUGCAUGAUGCCUUUUGUAAUGCAGGCUUUACUUUAAGUGCUGAUUGAUUGCGGAUAAUACAUCUAACUGAAGAGCAUGGACCGUGCCUCUUUAAUGGUAUUGACAGCUGUUGUAACUGAAUAUCUUAAUCUUUCCAAGCUCGUACACUUCCUUUGCAGAAUAUCCUGUCACUUCAUGGAUGAUCACAAAUGCAGUCAGAAGAGAUCUCAAAGCCAAACUUUUCUCAGAUUGUGUGGACAAGCUUCAUUUAGGAUUUGACAGCCAAAAUGAUUCCUAUGGGUCAAUUCUACAAUGAAAGCGGUGGUUGAUCAUCAGUCAAAACAGUCAGCUGCAGGUUAUUAGGGAAGGAAUACAUGAAAAGAUGUGCCGCCAGAGCUGCCCUGUGUCCUUAAGCCCACCCACAAAGCUCCUGUUCUGAUAUGCUUCAGUUAAGCUUCUGUGCCCAAGCAAAGAUGUACACAAAAGGUUGUAAAACCACAUGUACUUUGCAUUUCUUCUGCAGUUGUCUCUCGUAUGAAGCACAAGAGGAACAGUGAUUGAAACAAGGAGCUGGAAGAAGCAAAAUGUUUGUCAGUCUGACUGUUCAGCUGAGAUACAAAUCUGAAAGUGUUCACAGGAAAGAAUAUUAAUGUCUAGAAUAAGACUUUUAACUUCUCUUUGCAGCUUGAUAGCUAAGGACUUAAAUUUGAAAAACUGAAGACUAGUCUUGACUAGUAUUUAGGAAGUUUGUUAAGUAGGUGCGAUAGCUGUCAACACACAUUAUUUCAUUCAUCUUAUUAGUUUUUUUCAGUGUCCUGGUGUUUAAAGUUGCCUUUUCCUGAGUUUUCAGCAGCAGUAACUGAAAUGAGAAUUGAUCAAGAUGGCAGAUGCAUGAUAACGCUGUGCGCGUAUCUACUGGAAUCAACGUACCAUAAAGAGGGAGAGGAAAGGAGUGAUAUGAGAGGUGUAAAUAUAACGAAGAGCUGUAUUAGUGUCCAAAGGUCUUGCAGAUUGGUUAUGCAAAGGGUUUUCAAUGAAACUCAAUAACUUUGGAAAGAGAUAGGUAUGGGUAAGGGUUUCUGGUGUUGGUGCCACGAGGACGCAGCUGUCUGUACUGGUAACCUACACUCUUGGUUUGGAUUCUAGUAGUGAUACAAUUAGUUGGGUUUAAGAUCAAUUAUGUUGUCUUCUCUGAAAUUACAGCAUUCAGGUAAUGAGCAUGAUGUAUAAUCCACUGAAAAAGAGGCCUGAACUUGCUGAAGUUUAUCAUUUCUUUAUGUUAGCAACAUUUUUGUGUUGUGAUACAGUGGGAGUAAUUCCAAGAAAUGAAAGUUAGUAAUGAAAAAGCUUUUUUCAAACAGAAUCUGAACUUGGAAUUUUAUUGCUGACGAAGAGCGAACUCCCCUAGGAUGCAGUAGCCUGUACACUGAAGAAACUGAGUAGUUCUCCUGUAUUUCAGUUAGUGCCAAGUCAGCUCUGAGGCUAAUUAAUCAAAACAAAUUUACAAUUAAGCCCAGGAAGGAAGACUAAUUAAGUAGACAGUUAAGAAAAGUGCUGAAGAAGGGAGCAACCUUAAGGGGAAAGUAUGAGACUCCCAGUACUGGCCCAUGAAGGACAAUUAAGUGAUAAUUGCAGAGAAAUUUUUGCAUCCAGCAAAUGCCGUCUGCCUUUUAUUGUGGCUGAUUUUUCUUAUUAGUAGAAGCAGACAUUUGCCUGAUGAGCUACUAAGCUUUACUGUGCACUCUUAAGGUAAUGCAGAGGUAAAGCAGAGAGGUCGCUGCAGGAAUGAAUUAGAACACAGCUCCCAUACUUGAACAGUAUUUUAGGUAGUGAAAAAGGCCCGCUGUGUUUUAAAGACAAACUUACUUCAAAUGUUUUCUUUAUUUGCCUUUUCAUUUUGUGGCAUGCCAAGUCCACGUUAGCAUCCUGUUUAACUUUUCAAACACAAUUUUCAAACAAAUUACACUGAGUGAACUAUCAGAAUUUAGAAUAGCUUCAUUUUGUUCAUCUGCUCACACCACUGAAGUUCGCAGAAAUUUCAUUACCUUGUGAUGAAAUGGCUCUGUCGCUUAUGUCCUUAUAUUGGGUUUGCACAGCCAGGUAGUUUGGUAGUGGUGGAGGUGGAGUACUUGGAGGGGGCUCCUGUGAGAAACUGCCAGAAGCUGCCCUCAUGUCCAACAGAGACAAUGCCAGCUAUCCCCAGUGUGGGCCUGCCGCUGGCCAAGGCAGUCAGAGAUGGUGGUAGCGCCUCUGUGAUAUCAUUUAGGAAGGAAGAAAAGCUACUGUACAGAAGUAAUUAUGGACAGAGAAGAGGGGAGCGAGAAUAUGUGAGAGAAACAGCCCUGCAGACACCCAGGUCAGUGCAGAAGGAGAGGGAGAAGGUGCUCCCGGUGUUGGAGCCUGUGAUUCCCCUGUAUCCUGUGACUGUAACUGAGUGAGUGAUCUCUCCCUGACCUCAUCUCAACCCAGGAGCCUUUUGUUGUGUUUUCUCCCCUCCUGUCCAUCUGAGGAAGGGGAGUGAUAGAGCAGCUUUGGUGGGCACCUGGCAUUCAGCCAGGGUCAACCCACCUCAGUCCUGCACCCAGUGCUGCCUGACACACUUGUGGUUUUUGAUGGAAAAAAGGAGGAGGGACGUGUAACAGGAGAACUGUUUUGACUGCAAAUAAUUUAGAUUCUCUUCUGAAGGACUGCUUAAGCUUGCAAAGCUAAUCUGUGGUGAGAUGCUGAGGGUUGUAAAUGAGGUGCAUGCCCCAGACCUCCUGUGUCCCUCCCUGCUCAUUUCCACUGAACCGUGAUGCUAAUGUAGUACAAUACCUCUCUUAAUCAAUUUGACUUAGCAUGGGCUAAAAAAUCUGCUUAAAUGUCCACCUUUUUUUUUUUUAUUUGACACUUAACUGGAACUUGAAUUAUUUCAGAAAUUAUAGUGAAUAUCCUCAUGAUACAAUGAGGAUCCAAUGAGUAUCCUCAAAUAUUAAUAAAAAUUUUGAUAGUAAUUUCCUUUUCUUCAUGAAUUUCCAUGUGUACAUGCUGCCACUGUGACACACUGUAUCCUUCUAUAAAAGUUGGCGGUUGUGUACUUGAAGUAUCUGCCCAAGGUGCAUUAUUGUCUCCUUUUUCCUUCUUCCUUCUUCCUUCCCCUUGGAACAGGCUGUGGAAUAAGGCAUUCAUCUGCCACUGUUUCAGCUCAGCUGCUGUAUCAAGUUUCAAUCUGCUCCUUCAUUUUUUUUCUUGCUGCCUAAACUAAUUUCUUGCCCUAUUUGGAUGCAUUCCCCUGCCAAAGGUUUCUUUUCUAUCCUUUUGCUGCUUGCAGGGAUUGAAUAAUUUUUUAAACUCAGUUUCAGGUAUUUAAAUUAUUUCAGAGGUGUUCUUCUACCUGAAGGUUCCUUUGCCUACCCCUCCUACAAGUUUUGUACAGGGCCUGGUGAAGCUCCCAAUUUUCACUCUCAGAGAAGUGAUGGAAAGCUUUCUUUGGCCUUCAUUCUUUGUAAGACUUUAGUGUCACUUUAAUCCCUAGAAGGUCAACUUAGGAUGUCAUUGGCAAGGUGUUUGCUGUUGUCAUCAUCUGCUCUUUUCCUGGCUGCAGAAGCAGAACUGAGACUGCUUCAGGCCUGCGUGGUUGCUCUUGAGCCUCAUCUGUCUGUUGAGGCUGGCUCUGCAGUGCUGAAAGAAUCCAUCUCAACACUGUUCCCCGUGGCCAGACUUAUCCCAGAGCCUCAUAACACUGUGCUUUUUGCUCCUCUUGUAGCACUAAUUCAGCAUGCUGGUGACUUCCUUUGCCUUGGCACAGUCUUGCCAUGGCUCUGCCAUCACUUAGGCACCACGCCAUACCCUGAUUUUGUAUUGGCAGGCUAGUUCAGGCAUUCACCUGCUCUUACAUCUUCAUUCCUCUUGCCGGUGGGAACGCCAUUUGGUGCCAGCUGGUUUUGGCA